CGCCCAGCCAGGGCUCCCCAGACGCCCUCAGCCUUCCACCCGCCCUCCACAUCGACCCCUCUGUGAUGGCUCGCAAUGGGGCCUCGGCCGCGGCCACGGCCCAGAGAUCCGCCCAGCGCAGAUCUCCCUGCCUGCUGGGAUGGCAGGGCCUCUGCACGAGUCCAAGAGGGACCUGAGCCCCGUGCUCAAACGCCUUAUCCUCGACACCUCUGUUAGCUAAUUCUUUCCAAGCCUGAUCAGAAACACUUUCUAUAGUCGAAAUUUGACUGGGUCUCCUGGAUUGAAUAAAAACAAUUGCUUUUGAGUCUUGGAGUUCUCCACAACGUCAGACGGGAAAGGUUCUACUUCUUGGGCAGAGACUCAAGUCCUGCAGGUUCCAGCUUUGCCUGGAUCCUCAAGCACACGGUGUACAGUCGCCUUUCCUGUUCACUCUGGUCCCUGCUCGAUCCCGCAAAGUGAGGGCUCCUGGGGAAAACGGGCUGAUUCUGGGUCCUCCCGUGCCUCCUCCUGCACGGAGCUCCCUGCUGCUUGACCUGAGCACCUCUUUAAUUCAUGCCCCACAAGGAGAAACUUGAGAGCCUGCCUUUGCCAGGUGAUGGUUCCAGUUACUGAAGAAGUUCAACAGGAUUUGGCUUUAAGCUUCUGGCAGGCAUACCAAGCUGAACUCGAAUCUGAACUGGGGAGACCAGAAGAGCACCCACAGCCUCUUGUGGAAGCCUCUCCAUCAGCCUUUCCUGUUGUAGCUUUGGGCACCUACUGAACCUACAGACCCUUCAAUAACCAUGUCUGGAGCGAGCAGAUGAAAAGCAAAUUAGCGUUUGCUCUCAGGAAUAAGGGACACCAUGACACUGCGACAUUUCUUUGGACUCAAAGCAUCAAGUUCUGGAACCAAAAAGAGCCAGCCCUGCCCGUCCUCUCUUUCCCUGGCCAUUGGGCAGCACCACCACUUCCAGAGCCUGUUUAAUUUCUCCACACCAGUGCUGCUGUGGGGCGGUCUCUUCACCUCUGAGCUCUGGGAUGGCCUGAGCCGGCACAAAGCCCCCUACGGCUGGCAGGGGCUCUCCCGCCAAGCCAUCACCUCCACCCUGAGCCUCCUGAACCAAUCUGAGAGCGCAAAGCUAUUUGCUCACUCCAGGAAGUCCUCUCCCAGCUGUAUUCGGUGUGCUGUGGUGGGUAACGGAGGCAUUCUGAAUGGGUCCCGCCAGGGUCUGAAUAUUGAUGCCCAUGACUACGUGUUCAGGCUCAACGGAGCGGUGAUCAAAGACUUCGAGCACGAUGUGGGCACGAAGACUUCCUUCUAUGGUUUCACCGUGAACACCAUGAAGAACUCCCUCAGGUCCUACAAGCACCUGGGCUUCACUGCUGUACCACAGGGGAAGCACUUGUGCUACAUCUUCAUCCCCGCCAGCAUCCGUGAGUACCUGAUGCUCCGAUCGGCCAUCCUGGACGUGUCUGUCCCCGAGGGCCCCGACAAAGGAGACAGGCCUCAGACCUACUUCGGACCCAAAGCUUCCGCCAGUAAAUUCAAGCUACUGAAUCCAGACUUCAUCAGCUACCUGAAAGAGAGAUUUUUGAAAUCAGAGUUGAUUAACAGAGGUUUUGAAGAUCUAUACAUGCCUAGCACUGGGGCCCUCAUGUUGCUGACAGCUUUGCACACCUGUGACCAGGUAAGUGCUUAUGGAUUCAUCACCGAAAAUUACCAGAAAUAUUCUGACCACUAUUUUGAAAGACAGAAGAAGUCACUGAAAUUCUAUGCAAACCACGAUCUGCGCCUAGAAGGCACCCUGUGGAGGGACCUACACGAGGCCGGCAUCCUUUGGCUGUACCAGCGCUAACCCCGAAGUGUAGAUUCCUCUGCUUUGGUCAAGUAGCCAAAGCCUUGUUGACGUUUCAACCUUUGAGAGAGGCAUUAAGUCCUUGACUCUCUCCUUCCCAGUAAAGGACACCGGGGUGAACUUGUGACUGACAUCAAAGCCCAUUCAAGGCAGGUCACCCCAUGUUGUCCUUGCCUCGUGCAAGCAAACUCCUGCAUCUGACAGAUAUCUUCAUGUGGCCACGGUCAAGUGGACCACUUUGCCGGACUCAUUUUUAAACUGGACACUCUCAAGAUGAGGCAGCCAGCCAUACCCAAGACAAGCAGCUCAAAGCCAGCAGGACACACAUGGACUUUCAGGAUGUCGGUGGGCCCAGUACAGCCUACCUGGCAGUAACCAAGACCAAGCAGUGGGUACAGCCAACCUCACCACUAGAAGUCAUCUCCACACCAAUGCCAAAGCUAUUCAACUCUGGAAACAUGAACUGAACUUCUGCUUCAUGAGAAAGAAAAAGCAGAACGUAAUUUGACACUUAACUGCAUAAAUCACUGAUGACCAUUUUCUCUUUUUCUGUUGGAGGACUUAGAGAACUUCAGGACAAUGGAGAGGGGGGGUACCUCAGUCAAAGGGUGCUCGCCUAGGUCAAGUUCUAUAUCCAACGCCACGGAGGAAAAAGCCCAUAAUCUAAGGAUUAAAGAUCCUGCUGUGUGGGUAUCAACUGCAGGGACUCUGAUGGGGAAUGGGGGUCCCUCUAGCAAUGUAUGUUACCAGGAUAACAUUACUGGAUAUUGAACCCUCAUAUCACAACUUCAAUAAAAUUGAAGUUAGCUAGC